AUGGCGGGGCAUCAUUUAUUCAUCCAGGGGACUCCCAAGGCCUUUUCCCCACAAUGCGCACGCCACUUUGCCCUGAUCGAAUCGCUCACGAUGGGUCCCCUUUUCGGACUUUUGGUGGUUCACUACGUUUCGACCUUUUGCCAAUACCCCGAGCGCUCCGCACGGGGGUUUCCGCAGAUCCUCCAAGAGCUCAAAGGCAAGGCCGCCGGCCAGGACGCCUGGCUCGCAAUGCUUCGCAGCUCCUCUUCGGGGGUUGAGGGCGUUGUUUAUCCGGCAGGCGCCCUCGCCGCUCAACUUUUUCUUCUCCCGUUGUGGCUGAUUCUCUGCUCGGGCACCCCGCAGCUCGCACACGCCACUUUACUUCACGCCAAUCGCAUUUUGCAGGAUAAAUACGCGGUCAUCGGUCAGGGUGCCCCGCCGUUUGCGGGCGAACGGGCGAGGGAAUGCGCUCGGGAUGCCGAAUUUCAUGCUUCACACCUCUCCGAACCGACGGACUACGCCGCGGCGAUGGUGAUUUUGCUUAUUCUUUACUGCAUUUUACUGUAA